AUGAUUCCAUCUGUUGUACUCUCGCUCAUCUCCAUCCUUCCGCUCACGUAUGCUGCUCUAUACCACCCUACGCCAGCUCUCUCCUUCCUAGAACACAUCCUCGUUGAUAACUGGGGCGCAUACGCGUCAAACUUCUCCUCCGCAAUCACUCCUUGUACACGCUACGUCUCUCAAACCGGUACCAUAGGAUCGACAAGCGGCCGUACGACAGCGGCACAAUGGAUGCGCGUCAUGUUCCACGACUUCGUCACUGCGAAUGUGAGUGCAGGUACGGGAGGUAUCGAUGCUAGUAUUGGUUUUGAGACGGCCAGGGAGGAGAACAAUGGGAGUGCUUUCAAUGAUAGCUUUGCGUUUUGGAGACCGUUUGUUGGGGCGGGCGUAAGUAUGGCGGAUCUCAUUGCGCUGGGCACGGUUAUGUCGAAUAACUUGUGCGGAGGUUCGCAGAUGUCUUAUCGUGCUGGGCGCAUGGAUGCGACAGAGGCUGGAAGUACCUCUGGAGUGCCUGCUCCCGAGACUAAUCUCGAAGAGACUUUGCGCUUCUUCGAGCGCGCGGGAUUUGAUAAGGUAGAUGCCAUUGGUCUUACAGCUUGUGGGCAUACAAUGGGAUCUGUUCAUCACGGCGGUUUCCCUGAGGUUGUAGAUGAGAGUUUCGUUACACCCGAGAACACGAAUGGCGGUAGCAACUUCGACAGUACACGUGGCGUGUUUGACCCUAAUGUCCUCGGAGAAUACCUGAAUGGAACAAGAAGUAGAGGAGGGCCGUUGGUAACGUCGUAUAACGACACAAUGAACUCUGACCUCCGGUUAUAUGAAAGCGACAAGAACGCGACUAUGCGUGCCCUCUUCGCUCAAGGAGCAGGUUUUCUUGAUACAUGUGUCGAGCUUAUGAGUCGGGCCAUUGAUACGGUGCCUGCUGGUGUCCAACUCAGCGAGCCAGUUACAGCAAUGCCUGUCAAGCCCAUCAAUAUAACCUACGACUUUGGUGAAGAUGGGAGGUUGAUGCUCUCCGGAAAGAUCAGGAUCCUCACACCAGCGAGUACUUCUCCGCCGCCAUCUCUGAACCUUCGCAUGAACCAAUACGAGACGAAACUUGAGCCGGAGGUCGACACUGGAAGUUCAGUCUUUGGCCGCAGCAGCAGCGGAUACGGAAUUACGUCAUACUAUCCGCUUUCGUUAUCUGGGCGUACCGUUCAAUAUGCAACGUCUUUCUUGGUGUACGGUCCGAGCAUAUCACAACAGGCUUUCUCGAUCACUAGCCAAGUGUUUAUCGUGCCUAGUAUGACAGCAUUGAGGGGUUCUUCGAUCCGUGUCACGAUCGCUAUAGGUAACACGAAGUCGUGCGACGACCUAACGGUGCUAAUUGCGGCACCUUUCGCACAGCAUGGCACGUUAGCGCCGAAGAUGAGUGAAACAAGCAUGGUGAUGAGCAAGGCGACAGCAGUGUUGGAUGGGUACAUACUUUGUCAGAGCCCUGCCGUUUUACAAGAUAUCCCCACUGGGCUGGUCAGAGUUCAGGCGCUGGUGGGAGAAAAGCCUGUUGACACGCUAUUAAUCAACGGAGGAACGGCCGGAUGGUAA